AUGGCAACAAAAAAAGAAAAGGGUUUGCAAGUAGUUAGGUUUAACGGAAGGAAGUACUUUGUACUAGGAAAGUGGAUGUAUAAUGAAAAUAGUAAGCUAGGUGCUGGUGGUUUUGGUGCUGUAUAUAAGGGAUUAGAAGUUCCUCUUGAAGGCUAGACACUGAAAGAUGAAUAUGUUGCGAUUAAGCAUGUUGAAAUUUAAGAAGGAAUAAAGAAUACAGUAAAUAAUAUUGAAUUAGAAUCUGUUCGCUAAGAAAUUGUAACAUUACAAUAACUUGAUCAUCCAAAUAUUGUGUAAUUAAUAGAUGUAAAAAAGAAUAAAGAUAAUGUCUACAUGGUAAUGGAGUUCUGCUAGCAUGGAGAUUUAGAAUAAUUUUUUAAUAGAAAGAAAGAAAGCCCAAACCCUAAAAAAUUGACAGAAUUAGAAAUAAGAUUUUACUUUAGCUAAAUUAUUGAAGCUUUUAAAUAUUUGAGAUCUAAAAAUUUAAUUCAUAGAGAUAUAAAACCAUAAAAUAUAUUAGUUAAAAAUGAUGUUUGGAAGGUAGCUGAUUUUGGGUUUGCAAAAAAGACAACAAGCAACGAACUCACAGAUUUUUAUGGUACUUUGGCUACAUUAGCUCCAUAAGUUAUGCUGUAAAAUUAUAAUCAUAAAUGCGAUAUUUAUUCUCUAGGAGCUACUCUCUAUUGGAUUCUUUAUAAUCAGUUCCCAUAUAAGGAGACAAAUUAAAAAAGGUUACUUGAAUAAAUGGAAAAAAAUCCUGUUAAAUGUCCUAAAGAGCCUCAUUACAGUGAAGAGUUAAAAAAUAUUGUGGAAAGAAUGCUUAUAUUUGACUAGAAUGAUCGUAUAGAUUGGGAAGAGAUAUUUUAAUCAAAGAUUUUCAAAUAAAAGCACAUUUUAGAAACAGGAUAGCUUAAUGUAAUUAACAUUAUUAACUAUGAUGAUCUUAAAGAAAAUCUGGAUAAAAAAGUUGAGCUGUGGAAGGGCUUGAAUAUAGAUGAAAUAGAUUAAGACACUUUAGAAAAAGCAGAAAAUAAAGUUUAACAAUAAAUUCAAUAAAUUGAUGAUAAGGCCAAAAUUAGUGACACCGUAUUCAGAUUACAAAAGCGUGUUGAGUUUGAAAAAGGUAAAGGAAUCUUUCUACGUAGAGUCUUUGAGCGUGUUGGUCAUUAUUCAGUAAAUGGUCGUGUUAUCUUUCAAAAACACAUUCAUAUUAUUAAAGAUUUGCUAACAAUCACUCGUUAUGGAUUAUACAAGUAUCAACGUAUGUGUAUUAAGCACAUAAUUGAUAGAUUAAGUAGUUAAUAAAAACAAUUUGAUUUUACUGAUCAAGACUGGUCUUACAUUAUAAAAAGUAAAUAGGUUCCACAAAUAUUUUUGAAUGGUUUGUAAAGUGAUAUUGGCUACAUUAGCCUUGAUGAUAAAGAAAUGAAUAAGGUUGCUAAAAAGUAUCAAGAUAUAGAAAUUCCUAAGCAGAUUAAGGAUAUUAUUACACCUAUCUUUUGGUCAAAUGACUAUACUUACAAUGUCGAUUUCCUUGUUUAACUGCUUCUAAUAAUAAAAUUGCUUAUUUAGCAUCUAUAUCCUGAAUUAGAAAAGUAUAAAUAUGCAAAUUUACAAAGUAGCUUAAAUAUUUCGGAUACUCUUUAUUUAGUGGACGAUUUGUUGAUAGUCUUGAACCUUGACAAUGUAUUUGAGUGGAACGAAUCAGACAUUAUUAACUUUAAUACAUUUUUGUAAUAGCAUUAAGAAGGCAAAACCUCGCAACAAGUAAGCGAGAACUCAGAGGAAGCAUAGAAAUAAUUUGAAAUAUUUAAUUAAGUGAAUAAUAGAGUUAAGUUGGCUUAUGAAAUUUUCCUUAAAGAAAGAGAUUAAAGAAAGAUAAUCUAAUGA